GUGCAAUUCUUGUACUCUAAAGCAGUGAGGCAACUAACUGUACAGCUGUUUUGCUCACAGUAGAGAAGAGCCACUUCUUACCUGGACCAAACACAAGCGUCAGCACAGAGGUACCAGUAAUACAUACCAGAAACAGACUACUGCCAGAAUGCCAAACUGGGGUGGUGGAAAACAGUGUGGUGUCUGCCAGAAGACUGUAUAUUUUGCAGAGGAGGUGCAGUGUGAUGGAAACUAUUACCACAAGUCCUGUUUCCUGUGCUUGGUUUGUAAGAAGAACCUCGACAGUACCACACUUGCCAUACAUGGUAAUGAAAUAUACUGUAAAGCCUGCUAUGGCAAGAAAUAUGGGCCAAAAGGAUAUGGCUAUGGCCAAGGAGCAGGAACACUCAGCAUGGACACAGGAGAAGCUCUUGGAAUACAGGCUGAGAAACAACAGCAACACCGCCCUACCAAUAACCCAAAUGCCUCUAAAUUUGCACAGAAAUUCGGGAGUUCAGAUGUUUGCCCUCGGUGUGAAAAGGCAGUUUACGCUGCAGAAAAGGUGAUUGGUGCUGGAAAGGCAUGGCAUAAGGGUUGCUUCCGCUGUGCAAACUGUGGGAAAGGUCUGGAAUCAACCACUCUCGCAGAUAAGGAUGGUGAAAUCUACUGCAAAGGCUGUUACGCUAAGAAUUUUGGUCCCAAGGGGUUUGGAUUUGGACAGGGAGCUGGUGCCCUGGCUCAUACAAACUGAGAAUACUAAUGGAUUGUGUCCAUCUGCUGCCCACUCUUUACUAUGCUUCACAAGCAAAAGCGUUACAUCUUCACCAGAGUGCAAAGCGGCAUGAACUGAAUUUCCAGAAAAUCUGUAUUUCAGGCAGAACAGCGGCUUUAAUUCUAUUACUCAGUGACACUGUAAGGAAGACAGAAUUGUCAUUAAAUGUAUGUUUUAUAAGUUGUACACCUCUGUCAGUUUAAAGAAACCCAUUAUAAAACAUAUACUUGUUUAACUAUAGGUCAGCAUAUGUCAUAUAAUCUUAGCAUUUAGUUUACAUGUUAACAUUAAUGUGUAAUGGUAAUCAGUGUUUCAUUUCCAGAUAUUCUAAAUAUGGAUUUGAAUUUAACAAUGCAGUCCUCUUUAUAAUUUUUUAACAGUAUGUUUACAUUCUCAGAAAAACAAUUAAAACUAAGUAUGCAAAUUACUAAAAUAUGUGAUUAAACUACAAGCAAAGCACAUAUUCAGAAAUAACAUGGCAAACAACAACUAAAAAUGUAACGAUUAAGUAUACUCUAUACUGUCAUGAGAUGGAGAAAUAAACUGUGCAUACAGUAGUGGUCAGGUAACUGACAAACCAAGUUAUUAUCCAAAAGAAUGGUUCUGAUUUUUGCAAACUUCAACUGCAGAAACUUUGAGGCCAGCAAUAAACUGAAAAUCCAAAGUGUUCUAAUAACUGGUUUGUAUCAGUUGCAUAGUCCUUGCUUUGUUUAUUGUAUAGAAGUUCAAUAAGCACAUUGUGAGUAUAAGCUUUUCAGUUUAUAUUUCUUGAUAUUCAUGUAAUAGAAGGUUCCUCGUUGUAGUUGUGAUUAAAGAUUUGUAGAAUGUACUGAAUAGGAAAAUGAUGAAUGGAGUGUCUAAAAAACACCCCAUUGUACACUGUAAAAUGAUACAAUGUAUUUAGUGCAUUACAUGGUAACAGUCUUAAAGGCACUUUGAUUGCACAAUUAUAUGAGGAAUAAAUGUUGCUUUCAUUUUGACAGAA